AUGUGGGCAACCGAGGGCCUUGUUCCAAACGAGGUAGCAUUAUCGAACCGCGCACAAGCAGCUCUCACCCGACUCGCGACGCCUUUGCGGCUCUGCCUCCGGCAUCCACUGGUGCGUCCGCCGUCCAGGAAGUCGACGCCUGCGGCCCUGUCUUCUUCCGUCUUGGUUCCAGCCAGCAGCACAGGUGAAGAGCAUCACAGAGGAUUGAUCAAAAAUUUUUUUUAUAAGCGCAAAAAAAAGACGAUUGGUGGCCACCCAAUAAGUCUGUACAUACUGAGGGGACCUCUUUGUCUUAGCCUGCCACUUUGUCUCAGCCUGCCACUUAAAGACCCUAGCAUGUUUUACCUACUCCUGCAGCUAGUAGCCCAUAGUUCUACUCACCAGACCCAUGCUUCCCUUCGCCAAACACAACAUAUAGCACUCCCUUUUAUCCUUACCACCCACCCCCACCUUUUUAUAGAGGCCUUUCCACUUAUUCAUAUCUACCAUAUGUCCCGAAAUACUAUCCCCCACCACCCCCUCAACUCACUACAGAUGGACCUUCCACUCCAGCUGCAUCAGAAUAGAUGACAUAGGGUCUCAUAUUAAUUGAACCUAACAGUGACAUGUACGUACUUAUUAGAAACAUGAUGGAUGAGCUUUUAUUUUAAAUAAGAUAACAAAAAAGAUUGGCAAAAAUGAUUAACUUAUCAAUGUUUGUUAGAAACA